AAUUCUAUAAAUAAAACGAUGGUUGGCAGUUCUGUCUUCUGUGCACAUGGAUUUUCCGCUGUGAAAAUUUUCCACGGCGAGAAAAAUGACGGAUCUCGUGGAGAAUGGCGCGAGUGAGGUGGAGAAAAGUGUUGAGGUGACGGCGAAUGGAGAGGACUUGAAGGCGUCUUAUGAGAAAUUGGAGCAAAAUCUUCAAAAGCGCACGACAGAGAAUGAGAUUCUCAAGUCGAGGAUAGCGUGUCUGGAGAAGGAGAUGAUCAGCAAAGCGGGCGCACCGAAGGCGAACAAGACGGAGUGCCAGAAGGAUGACAUCCUGACGCACGCCAAGGAGUUGCUGUUCGAGAAGACGAAGAUCUGCAAGCGACAAGAGCAGCAAAUUGAGGCGCUGAAGAUUCAGAUUGACUCCAUCAAGGAGGUGUUGGCGGUGUCAAAGGAGAUUCUGGAGAUGAGAGAUCUGGAGAGUUCGCAUCUGCAGGAGCAAGUGAAGACGCUGGAGACGCGCCUAAAAGCGGAGCGUGAGCAUCACAUCAUCACGCAGAAGAAGCUCAUCAUCUCUAAGCGAAUGUUGACUGAUGUUCGCAAGGAAUACGAACUGCAGAAGAGCAUCUUUGCCGAAUUGCGGGAUUCUUACAAGCGCAAGAUUGAGAUUCUCACGUCGGAGCUGGAGAAGUACAAGAGCAAGGGAAGCGCAGUGGAAAAUCAAGUGGAAUAAAAGUUCAAGCACGAGA